AUGUCUGGUUUACGGAAGCUUAGAAGCACCAUGCUGCCUCGUGAACGGAAUCUGACAGCUGACGAAAUCACAUCGACGUCAGAGGUAUUCCUGGGCACCAUAAGCGAACUGUUGGAGAAAGAUCUGUCCACAGCAACCCAUGGUACUGGUGUUUCUCCGGACAACGUAGCGCAGGAACUAGAGUACUUUCAAGAGUGUUUGUUAGAGGCGGGUGACUAUUUCCGGCCUCUUCAGGAACAACCAGUCACUGGUAAGCGAUAUAAUAUCGGUAGUCACGCUACCAGCAGCGCCAAAACAUUUAGAACAACCAGUAGAGCUGACAUUCAAGAGGCAGGUCUACUUGGAGAGGUGACGGAUAUAUCGGGCGACGUUUACCGUGGGCUGGAAACGUUAACCGUAAUCGGCAGCUCCGUGUCCCUGACGGCCAUCGGACUCACUCUCAUCAUCCUUAUUUGGCUGCGAUAUUUCAGUGAUCGACUUCUGAUUAUGAUCAACCUCAUGAUAGCGCUGGGCUUGGCACAAACCAUCUUCUUAACCGGUGUAAAUGCUACCUACAACAAGGUGCUGUGUCGUACUGUAGCCGUCCUGCUCCACUACCUCUACAUGUGUGUCUUCAGUUUGAUGUUAGCGGAGGGGAUACAGCUGUUUCAGAAGCUCUACAAUGCCAUGUCUGACGGGUUGAGGGUGGGGCAUCUGCUGAUUGCCGCUUGGACUGUUCCAGCCAUUCCUGUCGCCAUCUCUGUAGCCAUUAGAACGGAAGAUUAUGGAACAAAAUCGAGCUGUUGGUUGUCAAUGAAGCAUGGAACUAUCUGGGCUUUUGUCGGACCAGCACUUCUUGUUAUAUUCAUUAACACUGUCAUAUUGGGUCUGGUUCUUAAAGUUUACCUCACUGUCCGAAUCAACGCCAAGAAAACCCAACUUGCAAAGAUCAGGUCCAGCAUCAAAGCCGCCGUUGUAUUACUCCCCCUGAUUGGUCUAACCUGGUUGUUUGGGGUGAUGACCAUAAGCUCGAGUACCGUCGUAUUCCAGUAUUUCUUCGCUCUUCUCAACUCUCUCCAGGGCUUUUUUAUCUUCAUCUUUCACGUGGCCCUAAACAAUGACGUGAAGGAGAGCCUGAAGAAGAAGAAGGAAAAACUAUCACGAUCUCGAGCCUGGUUCAGCUCCUCUGGGUCCACCAGCAAAGUUUACUUCGCCAAACAGAACGCAGUCACUCCGAUCCUUGUUUCUUCAGCUGAUGGUAACCCGGCAACAACCUCCGCCCACGCUUAG